UUUUAUGUGAAACCCUGGAAAAAACCUUCUGGUUUUAUGCUCUUUUUUCAACAUUGAACACUAGCACAAAACCUGUUGGAAAAAGGGUUAAAAGAAGUUAAAAGAAAUUGCCAAAGCCAAGCUGUUUCUGAGCUCAUUGCAAGCAUAUAUAAGGCAACCUUAACUAACAAGUAAAAUCACAGCAAACAACAUCCGAGAGAAACCCAAACAAGAAGUGAAAAGGCCAAGUUAGAGCUGUUUUCUUCGUGUCAAUUUUUAUUAAACUUCGAAGAUAUGGUUGAUCAGGUUAUAUUGGGAGGAGUUAUAGCCUCUCUUCUUGGGGUUGUUCUGUUGCACCACAUAAGAAGAAGAAAGGUGAAGGGAGCUUCUUCAAUGGGGAUUAUUCAAGGGAAUGAGUGUUUGGAGAGCUCUCAGAAUGAAAUGCUAUCCGGGUCAGAGAUAGCUACUACAAGCACAGAUAUAAUCAUUGUCGGAGCAGGCGUUGCUGGUUCAGCCCUUGCCUACACUCUUGGAAAGGAAGGACGUCGUGUGCGUGUCAUUGAAAGAGACUUGUCUGAGCCUGACAGAAUCGUUGGUGAACUGCUACAACCAGGAGGCUACCUCAAGUUGAUUGAAUUGGGCCUUGAUGAUUGCGUGAAGCAGAUUGAUUCUCAGCAAGUGUUCGGAUAUGCUCUUUACAAGGAUGGAAAAAAUACUAGACUGUCCUAUCCAUUGGAAGGAUUUCGUUCGGAUGUGUCUGGCAGAGGCUUCCACUAUGGACGCUUCAUACAAAAGAUGCGUGAGAAAGCUGCUUCCCUCCCCAAUGUGAGUUUGGAACAAGGUACUGUGACAUCUUUAAUCGAAGAAAAAGGAACUAUCAAGGGAGUGACCUAUAAAACCAAUGAUGGCCAAGAGCUGAGAGCGAAUGCUCCCCUCACAGUUGUCUGUGAUGGUUGUUUUUCAAAUUUGCGACGCUCCCUCUGCAACCCCAAGGUUGAUAUUCCCUCUUGCUUUGUCGGCCUGGUCCUGGAGAAUUGCGACCUUCCAUAUCUGAAUCACGGGCAUGUUAUAUUGGCUGAUCCUUCACCUAUCUUGUUUUAUCCUAUUAGUAGCAAUGAAAUCCGCUGUUUAGUGGAUGUUCCUGGCCAAAAGGUCCCUUCCAUUCCUAAUGGUGAUAUGGCUCAAUAUUUGAAGUCUGUCGUGGCUCCUCAGAUUCCUCCAGAGCUGUACACUUCUUUCAUAUCUGCAAUUGACAAAGGAAACAUAAGAACAAUGCAUAACAGAAGCAUGCCUGCUGCUCCAUAUCCCACUCCUGGAGCACUUCUGAUGGGGGAUGCGUUCAACAUGCGACACCCUUUAACUGGUGGAGGAAUGACUGUGGCUUUGUCUGAUGUUGUUGUACUUAGAGAUCUUCUUAGACCCUUACGUGAUCUCCAUGAUGCUUCUGCCCUCUGCAGAUACCUUGAAUCCUUUUACACCCUCCGUAAGCCGGUGGCAUCUACAAUAAACACAUUAGCCGGUGCCUUAUACAAGGUGUUCUGCGCAUCCCCUGACCCGGCAAGGAAGGAAAUGCGCCAAGCAUGUUUUGAUUAUUUGAGCCUUGGAGGUGUAUUCUCCAAUGGACCAAUAGCUCUCCUUUCAGGCCUGAACCCUCGUCCUCUAAGCCUAGUCCUCCACUUCUUUGCUGUGGCUAUCUUUGGUGUUGGACGCUUGUUACUUCCCUUUCCUUCACUAAAUCGCGUUUGGAUUGGUGCCAGAUUAAUUUCGGGUGCAUCAGGCAUCAUUAUCCCUAUACUCAAGGCUGAAGGAGUCCGACAGGUUUUCUUCCCUGUGACGGUGCCAGCCUACCACAGGGCUGCUCCUGUUCACUGAGACAGUCAGAAGCUGGAAACAGGGUAGUUUCUACAUAAUCGAGUUCUUUCCUUGCGAAAAUUGCAAGGUUGGGAUCAAUGUAAUUGCUAUAUAUGAAAAGAAAAUGUAUACCUUUCUGUAUUUUUCCUGAACAAGUAGGCAUCUGCAAUGUGCCUAAUCCUGUUGCAACAAGAAUUUUCCAUUUGAAAUUGAAAUGGUUUUCUCAUUUAA